AUGUGGACAAGAGGGGCGUAUUGGAAGACACUGACCUGCAGCACCACCUGUACCCUGAUUGGUAACCCCACCUACAUCUGGUACAAGAACGGACAUAAUCUAGAUGAGAGCACCUCCCCCCAGUACAAAUACUCAGUCUCCAGUAAAUAUGAAGACAGCUACUCCUGUGCUGUAAAAGGCCAUGAGGAUCUCCGGUCUCCUGCAGUCUGUGUCCAGGGUCAGGACUGCAACAGAGUGACUUACACCAAGAUGAGAAUCUGUGCCUUGAAGAGGACAACAGUGGACAUAUCCUGCUCUUACACAUAUCCAAGUUAUCAUAAGAUCAAAAAAGCUUUCUGGUUUACUAAAUGGUCUGUUAUGGAUACUGAUGAUAUGAGCUCAGUGCCAGGGUAUGAGGGUCAUAUUGAGUACCUUGGGGAUAAGAAGAGUGACUGUACCCUGAGAAUCACAGACCUGAGAUUGAGAGACUCUGCUGAGUACAGGUUCAGAUUCAUAACAUCCGGAGGAAAGUUUGCUGGCUCACCUGUCUCCCUGACUGUCACAGAUGUUGUGUUGGAGAUGGAUCCUACAUCUGUGUCAGAGAGGGAGAAUGUCACACUGACAUGUAGGACCAAAUGUACACUGGACCCCAUCACAGCCUACAGUUGGUAUAAGAAUGGACAGCCUAUACCAAACAGCAACACCUACUCUCCUGUCUAUAGCCUAUUCUCAGUCAGCAGUGAGGAUGCAGGCAGAUACUCCUGUGCUGUGGAAGGCCAUGAGGAUCUCCGCUCUCCUGAAGACACUCUCAAUGUCAGAUAUGGACCAAAGAACACCUCAGUGUCAGCCAGUCCCUCUGGUGAAAUAGUGGAGGGCAGUUCAGUGACUCUGACCUGCAGCAGUGAUGCCAACCCACCUGUGGACAAAUACACCUGGUACAAGAAGAACAUAACCUCACCAAAAGCAUCAGGACAGAGUUACAACAUCACCUCCAUCAGCUCUGAGGAAAGUGGAGAAUACUACUGUGAGGCUGAGAAUACAAUAGCAUCUAAGAACUCUACAGCUCUGAUGAUCAUUGUAGCAGGGAAACAAACCUCAGUUAUGACUACAGCUGUAGGAAUCAUAGUGGUUGUUCUGGUUCUCAUCCUCUGUCUCUCUGGACUCAUGUGGUUCAGGAAGAAGGCCUCCAAAUCCACCUCUGACACAAGAGACACAAGUGAUAUAGCAGAAAAUGGACAGGGAGACUCUAGUCCAGUGUAUGACAACAUCUCAAGCAUGGCCAUGACCCUUACUGCAACACAGACAGCAGCCACCGUAGACCAGGAUGAUGUUCACUACGCCAGCGUCCACUUCUCUCACUCCAAAAACCAGGAAGUCCCUCUGUACUCAACCGUCCAGAAACAGAAACAAGACGAAGAUGUCCAAUACGCUGUUGUGAAAUUGAAUCGCCCCAGUUCUGCCACCAAACCCGCAGCACAAUCAGCUGAGGAGGACUCCUCUGUUCUCUACAGUACAGUCAACAAACCCAGAACCAGGAAGACCUGAACACAAGAAACGCAGAACCAGGAAGACCUGAACACAACAAACCCAGAACCAGGAAGACCUGAACAAAACAAACCCAGAACAAGGAAGACCUGAACAAAACAAACACAGAACUAAGAAGACCUGAA